CAACUAAAAACAUAGGGUCCUCGGUUGAAGGACCUCGCGGACAUGUAAACAGAAAAAUGUUGCGCUUAUAACGUACAACCAUCGAUAUUGGUCGAAAUAAUCUUUAUUACAACGUGUAACUGAUCACAAAGCGAUGGCCGAGGAGACUGACCUGGAGAAGCGGGCGAUAGAGGAGCUCCUCAAGGAGACAGACAGGGCCCGGGUGAGAGCAGAGACCAUGGGCCCUGCAGGAUGGUUGAAGUGUCCCCUGCGGAGCACCAACAAACGCUUCCUCCUCAACACCCUGCGCUCCACCGGCCUGCAGCGGCACACCGGUGAGCCCAGAGGCGGACACUCCGCCACAAGAGGGCGCCGGAGGAGCGACUCCCGGGACAGAAGCCGCGACCGCAGCCGAACACCUCCCAGAGAUCACAGAAGCAACGGAGGCCGCACGGACCAUAAACACCAUCACAGGGACAGCUGCAAUAACAAAGAUAAGAAGCAGGAUAGAGACAGAGAGAGGAGCUACAGGCACAAAGACAACAGAGAGCGGAGACACGAGAGAGAUGGCGAGCACAGAGACAAAGACAGGCUGCGUGAGUAAAGACUUGUGUCCAGAGGAGGGAGAAGGCCACUCCUCCUCCAGGGAGGUGGACACUCCUGAAACUGUUCACUGAGCAGCUGAACACACCUCCACAGAACUGCGAGCAGGCUGGAGGACAUGUCCUGUUCACCUGAGAGGACAUUCAAAGGAGGAUUUGUUUGCUGACAGUUCACUUUUGAAGUUGGCUCUUUUUUUUGUUAGUUGAAGGUUUAUUUAAUUCCCUUACAUCUCACCUUUUAAUGUUCUUUGUUUUAUAUUCCAGUGAUGUUGAAGUAAAUAAACAAACUCAGGAAACCAGGAGGACCUUUUACAAAACA